AUGCGCAAUGAGUAUGUCGUGACGAUUCUUCAUACCGCAAUCAAUAUUAUAAGAGAUUCUACAGGGGAAGAGCUCAGCAUGAGACCUGAGUACAAAGUAAUUGGUGAUGAUAGCACAGGACAGAAAGCCGAGAAUCUUAUUUGUGUCACUGAAGACAAACCAGAGCAAAAUCUAAUCGAGA